GCGCACGUAAGCACGUACGCAGACGCAACGUUGUUUCCGACCAUGGCGGAAUGUGUCGGACUGAUCAGCAGCACUAGUGGACACACCAUGGAUAAAAGCAUUACUCUACCGCCAGACGAGAUAUUCCGCAAUUUGGAAAACGCAAAGCGGUUCGCCAUAGACAUAGGGGGAUCUCUCACUAAGCUUGCCUACUACUCAACUGUACAACACAAGGUGGCCAAAGUCCGAUCUUUCGACCACACUACAAAGGAGGCUACCAGUGACGAACUCUAUGAAAUAUCCGUGCAGGAAGAAGUCACUGCACGUCUGCACUUUAUCAAGUUUGAAAAUGCUUACAUUGAGACAUGCUUGGACUUCAUCAAAGACCACCUGGUCAACACGGGCACCAAAGUUAUCAAAGCCACAGGUGGAGGGGCACACAAGUUUAAAGAGCUCAUUGAGAGGAAACUGGGACUCAAAGUGGACAAAGAGGAUGAGAUGACCUGCCUCAUCAAGGGCUGUAACUUUGUGCUGAGGAACAUACCCCACGAGGCUUUUGUGUACGCCAAGCACGCUGACUCAGAGUUCCGCUUUCACACGACUCAACCUGACAUCUUCCCUUACCUGCUCGUAAACAUCGGCUCCGGGGUGUCCAUAGUCAAGGUUGAAUCAGAGGACAAAUUUGAGCGAAUAGGAGGAAGCUCAAUAGGCGGAGGGACGUUCUGGGGCCUUGGAGCCUUGCUCACCAAAACAAAGAGAUUCGACGAGUUGCUACAGUUGGCCUCAAAAGGGCAGCACACAAACGUCGACAUGCUCGUCAAAGACAUCUACGGAGGAUCUUAUGGCUCUUUGGGCUUGACUGGAGAUCUCAUUGCGAGCAGUUUUGGAAAGUCUGCUACUGCUGACAAAGAGUUCUCUAAAGAAGACAUGGCCAAGAGCUUACUCCACAUGAUCAGCAACGACAUCGGGCAGCUGGCCUGUCUGUACGCCAAACUCCACAACCUGUCCCGAGUGUACUUUGGAGGCUUCUUCAUCAGAGGACACCCUGUCACCAUGCACACAAUCACCUACAGCAUCAACUUCUUCACCAAGGGUGAAGUUCAGGCCUUGUUCCUGAGACAUGAAGGCUAUCUCGGAGCCAUUGGAGCAUUUCUUAAAGGAGCAGAGGAGGACAAUCCAAACCAGUACAGUUGGGGUGAGAAUUAUGCGGGAAGCUCGGGCCUGAUGAGCGUUUCUCCGGAUAUGAAUCCCAUGCAACGAGCACGUAGUGGAACGUUUCCCUUUGACAUGUUGGAGAUGGACCGCCUGGAGAGGAAGCUGGUGAAUCUGCCUCUGCUGCAGGACGCUUCAUCGUACAUCCCCGACACCGUGGACCUCACAGAGGACGCUCUGGCCCGCGAAUACUGGCUCUACUGCUUCGAAGACGCCCUAGACGGGGUGGUCAAGAGAGCUCUAGCGAGCCAGCCUGACAUGCCGGAGGCAGCCGAGCGAGCCGAGAAGUUCCGCCAGAAAUACAGACACAAGCUGCAGACCCUCCGCCACCAGCCUUUUGCUUAUGGAUCCCUCACUGUCAGAAGUCUGUUAGACACGAGGGAACACUGUUUAAACGAGUUCAACUUUCCCGAUCCCUACUCUAAGAUUAAACAGAGGGAGAAUGACUUGGCUCUCAAGUACUACCAGAAGGCAGUGACGUCCCUGGAGCAGUUGAGCUGGGAGGAGAGACAGUUUGCCCUGGUCAGGGGCGUCCUGGCUGGGAAUGUCUUCGACUGGGGAGCCAAGGCCGUGUCGGACGUCCUCGAAUCUGAUCCUGAGUUUGGGUUUGAGCAGGCUAAACAACAGCUGGAAGAGCGACCAUGGCUGGUUGAUUCCUAUGACCAGUGGUUUGAGAGACUAAAGGGUCCUCCUCAUAAGUGUGCCUUGUUUUUCGUAGAUAAUAGUGGAGUAGACAUCAUUCUAGGCGUGAUGCCUUUUGUCAGAGAGCUUCUCUCUCGAGGAACGGAGGUUGUGUUGGCCAGCAACUCUAGUCCGGCUUUAAAUGACGUAACGAACGGUGAAUUGCAGAUAUUGACUGAAAGCAUCGCUGCUAUGGAUCCGGUGAUUCAGGCUGCUCUGAGCGAGGACAGGCUGACGUUGGUCCAGAGUGGUUCCAGUUCACCCUGCCUGGAUCUGAGCCGUCUGGACAAAGUGCUGGCGAUGGUGGUGCGGGAGCGAAAGACCGACCUGGUGAUCAUCGAGGGAAUGGGCCGAGCCAUUCACACCAACUACUACGCCAUGCUCAGCUGCGAGAGCCUCAAGAUGGCCGUCAUCAAGAACUCGUGGCUGGCCGACCGCCUGGGAGGAAAGCUGUUCAGCGUGGUCUUCAAGUACGAGGUGCCGGCCGCCGGCCACGACUCCCCGGCGCUGACGCCCUCGUGAGCGCGUCGGAGUUUUGCGUCGGAGCGGGACAGAACGCAGAAGUCGAGCAACCAGAACGGAUAAGCUCUGAAUGUAAGGACGAUGGUCGUAUACUGCCACUAAGCGAACGACUGAUUGCAAAGCUGAUUGCAAAAUAGAGGCGAGUUUUAAAGGCGAUCACUGACAGGGAGGUUUUAAAUUUCACUUUAAAACACGGUUGAUUUUAGCGCUGGUUUCAUCAAUAUGAUUGCUUUCUUGCAGGUCCGACAUCCUGCACCAUCACUUAGUCUGCUACCAUCAUUACUGCCUAUUGAUCUCACGCAGCAUCACAGCAGAGUGUGUUUUCAUGGGAAGAUAUCACUGGCUGUAAACUUUAACAGACUGUUAUGACGGGUGAGAUCUUCAGCUCGUAGAAAAAUCAAUGAAAAACAUAAUUUUUGCAUCAGUCUUUGACAUGCUGCCAACACACAACGCUGUGCACCCAUAUGGGCAAAUGUGAUUCUAUGGCUGAGAGAGAGAGAGCGCCGCAGGAGUAAUAGCAGUUUUCAGCGGUAACACUUUUUACAUAAAGCGUAUUUAAUGUGCCUUGAGGCCAAUGUGAUGAAAGCGUCAUUCACUCCGAUAGUUUUUAAUUCCCGCAAAAUACCACACAAACAUUUAGUUUCCCAGCAAUCUCACUCCAUAGACUAGAGAGAAUCUGUUUUAUUUUUUAUUAUCAUUACUGCCAGGGAAUGAAUUAAGCUUAAGAAAUGAAUCAUUAUCACUGUCACAUGUGUAGCUGUUGAGGUGGCAUCAGGGAAAAUCAGUGGGAGAAGCAGCACUUUGUCACUAAGAGAUUUGGUCGCGUUCCUCCACAAGGUGGCAGUAUUCUACUGUCACAAGAUUUUUUUUAUUAAUUAUUAUUAUUAUUAUGAUUUCUCCAAGGUGCUUGGUGUCAAAAAUUAACACUGCAUAUUUCAGGUUAAAUAUUCUAACUGUCUCCAUGGAUCGACUGUAAUUAACUGGCAUGUAUAAGCCGUAAUCCAUCCCUAAAAAAAAAAAAAAAAAAAAAAUGCAAUCGUUUGAAGGCAAUAAGACCGCAGCACCUGGUUGUAACAAACAUCAGACACUGUGUGAUUGUGAAGCGGCUGACUGUGUUGGUGACUAAAUCUCUGAUUUGAAGGCAGGAUGUGAUUUUAAAAGCCUCGCCUUGGUGUGAAAAUGUUUCCCAAAGUUACACUUACACUUGACAUGUGGACUCACAUUGCAAUAUUGUAUUUGUCACAUGUACAUAUACAGUAUGUGAUAUAUGAAGUGUGUGUGCGUGUGUAUAUAUAUACAUAAAUAUAUAUAUAUAUAUAUAUAAUAUUCAUUUGCAUCACUUCAGUUAAGCACUCCAAGCACAAUUGUGUGUAUUCUCCUGACAAUCGACUUUAAUUAAAUGGUGAAAACCUUUUAUUUUA